AUGAAGGUAAGUAUUCGAAGUGGUGGCUGCUAUUGUGUCUUUACACCUGCUAACAAGUUAGGUAUUAAGCAGGUCGUUGCUGCUCCUUUGACUCAGGGCUCUGUCCACAAGGUCACCUAUGGACCCAAUUAUUGUCCAUCUAGUGAAGGUAAGUACUACGAAGUGUCUGCUGCUCUUUUGUCUCAACGUCCUGCUAACACCUUAGGUAUUAAGCAAGUUGUUACUGCUCCUUUGACUCAGGGCCCUGUCCACAAGGUCCCCCGUCGUCCUGUCUUGAGUGACAUCCAACGUCUUAACUCUGUGGCCAAAGUUGAUGUCUGUGAACAACAGGACCGUCGUCGUUCUGCGAGACCCUUUGAUUUUCCUUCCCCUCUUGACUCUAGUGUCUCAGUUGAAUCAAAUGAGACCCUCUAUGAGCCCACUUCUUGGAAACACACCAAGGCCAUUGACAUUGUUGGUGAACACACUACCUGUGAAGAGUUGAAUAACACUUGCUCUGCUCCCAUUGAUCAGGAUGAUGACAAGUGUUCUAAGUGGUCUUUUGAGUCUGGAAACGAGGCUGCCUUUAUCUGCCACCAGAUUCAAAAUGCCUGGUCCGAGGUGAACACUGAGGCUGCCUGGACUUCGCUUGCUGCCUCUUGGGCAUUACCUGAUUGCCCUAUUGAGAUUGAUGAGGCUUCCCCUUCCAUUGACUCCCAUUGCGAUGUAACAUUGGUUGAGUCCCAUUUGAAGACCUCUAGCAGCACUUUGGCUGGACCUGAGGACUCGAAUCAUUCCUUGAGUGUUGCCGAAACCACUUCUGCCAAGGUGGAUGAUCAGACCCCUUGUGCUAUUGCUGAUGCCCCUACCACUGAGGGCAGCUGUUCAAUUGACAGCCUUGAUGCUGAUGUAGUAAACCUAUCCAAGGGAUUGCCACAAUCAAUUGUUUCUGGUAGCCUUCAAGCUGACCCAGAGUCCGAGCUUCUCAAGACAGCUCCACUGGCUCCAUCAUCUGAGCCCAUUGCUCAAACUACCUCUGACGAUUUGGUCAUUCCAGUUGAGGGAUUUGACAAAUCUAAAACAUCAUUGUUUUUGACAAGAGUCAAGGCUAAGAUGGCUUCUUUUACAGGAAUAGGGGCCCCUAUUUCGAGAUCCACUCUUAUGUUCAAUGGUGUUCAAACAGCUACCUAUGCUAAUCCUCCCCCUUGUAGCCAGGAAUCCCUCACCAAGGCGAACAAGACAUACAGACUUGAUGGAGGUGCCUUUAUUAAGGCCUACUCGCCUAUUGUUUAUCAUUACAUCCGCACUCUUUGUGGAAUUGACUAUCAAGAGUUUUUAAACUCGUUUGUUUUGCAUUCUGAUUUGACCAAGACUAAAUCUCCCGGUAAAUCUGGAUCAGAUUUUUUGUUUACCCCUGAUGGCAAGUACAUUAUUAAGACCAUCAAACGUAAAGAGCAUAAAGUCAUUUCUAAUGUCGACUUUUUGGGCGAUUACUACAAUCAUAUCAAGGCCCACCCUAGUACUCAGCUCCCUUUCUAUCUAGGAAACUACACUCUUCUUGCCGAUGGAAAGAAAACACACUUUGUGGUUAUGAAGAAUUUGCUUCAGAAGGAGACUGAAUUGAUUUACGACCUUAAGGGAUCAAGCCAUGGCCGACAUGCCGGGCCUAGAAAAGACAAUCGUGGUCGUGUAGUGUUCAAGGACCUUGACUGGAUUGAUAAGAAUGAAGCUAUCUCCAUGACUCAAGAGGACCGAGACAAGUUAAUGGUUCAAGUUUCAAAGGAUGUCGAUUUGUUGAUGCGACACAACAUCAUGGAUUAUUCAUUGUUGGUAGGACUUCAGACGGACACUGGUACUUGUGAGCAACGCCCUGUUAUUGGUAUGAUUGAUACCCUUUGCCCAUUUGGUUGGCGCAAGAGAGCAGAGAACCUUUCCAAAUCACUAUUCCUGGGAGCCUCUGCUAUCGACGUUGUUCACCCUGAGAAGUAUGGAACGAGAUUCCUCAAUUUUGUUCAAUCUGCCGUGAUCCCUGGACCCGGCAGGUCAGUGUCUACUCAUUGUUAA